UUUUUCUUUUCCCGCCCUUUAAAAACACUACUUAGUUAAUUAAUCUUUCCACUUAGUUUCAAUAAUUCAUCUUAUAUAUUAAUCUCACAUAGCUAUCUCUAGAUAGAGAGAGUAGUCAAACAUUUGUGCUUGCUUUUGAAACCAAGAUCUUCUUUUGCUGCAAACAUUUUCUCUCAGUAUUCCAAUUAAACUCUUUCCCUUUGUUGGAUUUUCAUUGGUUUUUCUCUCAACAAACAAGCAAACAAACAUUACCCUCAAACUCUUAUGCUUUGAUCAACAAAAAUGGAAACCAUGAAACCCAAAUCAGCAACCAUCAACAGGAGCAAGAAACUGGCCAAGAAAUUCCAGAAGGUGAUUAGUCUCAAAAGUGCUUCCAAAAUUGCUUCAAACAAUGGCAUUUGCAUGCUCAACUCACAUCACAAGGUAAAGGAAGAUCAUUUCACUGAUGGCAAGCAUGAAGAAAACAGAGCAAGAAACAGAGCAGUUAUGGAGGCUCUCAUUGCAAGGCUCUUUGCAGGUGUCACCACCAUCAAAGCAUCAUAUGCAGAGCUUCAAAUGGCUCAGCAUCCUUACAACAAUGACUCCAUUCAAGCUUCAGAUAAAGCAGUGGUGGAUGAACUCAGAGCUAUCUCAGAAUUGAAGAGAAAGUUUCUGAAAAAAGAGCUUGAUCUUUCACCUCAAGUCACCAUAAUGCUAGCAGAGAUUCAAGAACAACAGAGUAUCAUGAAAACCUAUGAAAUCACCAUCAAGAGGCUUCAAUCCGAGGUUGAUGUCAGGGAUUCCAACAUCUCAUCUCUCAAGAAAACACUUGAAGAACGCAUUGCCUUCAACAGAUCGCUUGAGAAGAAGCUGAACGCAAGUGGAGCUUUGUCAAUCUUCGAAACUCUCAAACUUUCUGCGUUGAAUCCUACCCAUUUUGUGCAUUUUCUUCACCAUGCUUUGAGAUCGAUCAGGGGUUUCGUUAAGGUGAUGAUUGCAGAAAUGGAAUCAGCUCAUUGGGAUCUUGAAGCUGCAGUGAAGUUCAUCCAUCCAAACGCAGUUUUCAGCAAACCAAGCCAUAGAAGCUAUGCAUUUGAAUCGUUUGUUUGCAUAACAAUGUUUGAAGGUUUCAACUAUCCAAACUUCUCUGUUCCUGAUAACCCUCUUCAGAAAAACCAAAACACUCAGAAUCUCUGCUUUGAGAAAUUCAAAAAGCUCAAAUCAUUGAAUCCUAAACAGUACUUAGCCCACAAUCCAAACUCAUCUUUUGCUAGAUUCUUGAAAUCUAAGUAUCUUCAAGUGGUUCAUGCCAAAAUGGAGUGUUCCUUGUUUGGAAACUUGAACCAGAGGAAGCUAGUGAACUCUGGAGGGUACCCAGAUUCUGCUUUCUUUACAGCGUUUGCAGAAAUGGCUAAAAGAGUGUGGACACUGCAUUGGUUGGCAAUGUCUUUUCAGGAAGAUGUCACCAUUUUUCAGGUGAAGAACAACUCUAGAUUCUCUGAGGUGUACAUGGAAAGUGUCACAGAAGAACCAGUUUCAUCUUCAGGGGAAUCCUCUGAUCCCAGCUCCGGCGAGCUUAGGGUGGUUUUCACGGUGGUGCCAGGUUUCAAAAUUGGCAAAACAGUGUUGCAGAGUCAAGUUUACCUGUCUUUGGUGGAUUCUCCGGGGAGUCGCUGAUAUAUCAUUACGAGUGUUUUAAAUUGCGGUUGGCGUUGUAUUGCUGAAUUGCGAACAAAUGCGGGUAAAUGCGACCACGAUGCCAUUUUGUGGCUGCAAUUGCGGGUGCGGACUGCAAUUUGGAACCAUGCUCAUAAUGAAUUUUCAAGUAUAUACUGAGGGUUAGUUCUAUGUUAAAUGCUAUAGUCAUUUUUACUUGUAAUAAGCAGGAAAUGGUUAAUAAACUAUUUCUGUUUAAUUAGGCAUUUUUGAAGCUCUGAUUGUACAUUUAGCCUCAAAGUAGGGAUGCUUCAAGUGCUCUACCAUGGAAAUUACAGUGCUAUAUACAUUUGGUAUACACAACUUUUGAACUUGUAUGUUUUCUUCAGCUAUCAGCAAUAUCAACUGUAAAUUAUCUUGUAUAAUUGUACUAUACUGUAAUCAGAUUAUUAUUAGAUUAUUAUCACAGUACAUUA